GCCCCUUUUACAUAAUCUGGUUGGUUUGCUGUGUGUAACUUGCAACAAUGGCGGUCUCUCUCAAUUCCAUCACCUGUUCCUCGUAUUUACACCCGCCUCAGCCUUCUCUCAGCUUCGGAGACAAGGUUUUCGUGGGAUUAAGGCUUCAAUCUCCUAAUUCUUAUGGAAUUUCGAGACCUAAUCUGAGUGCCGAAUUGCACAAGAAAAUUCAUAAAAGUAUUGAGCCCAGGAUUGGCAUAAAGCCAGCAAGGGGACGCAUCACCAUGAUGCCAAUAGGGACUCCAAGAGUGCCCUACAGGGUUCCUGGUGAAGGAACCUGGCAGUGGGUUGAUUUGUGGAAUGCUCUUUAUCGUGAACGUGUCAUCUUUAUAGGGCAAAACAUAGAUGAAGAAUUCAGUAACCAAAUUCUUGCAACAAUGUUGUACCUUGACAGUGUUGACAAUUCCAAAAGAAUGUAUAUGUACAUCAAUGGCCCUGGUGGAGAUCUAACUCCAAGCAUGGCCAUUUAUGACACAAUGCAAAGCUUGCAAAGCCCAAUUGGCACCCACUGUGUCGGAUAUGCUUAUAAUCUUGCUGGCUUUCUUCUUGCUGCUGGCGAAAAGGGUCAACGGUUUGCAAUGCCACUUUCGAGAAUCGCUUUAGAGUCGCCAGCGGGCGCUGCUCGUGGUCAGGCUGAUGAUAUUCAAAAUGAGGCCAACGAGCUUCUAAGGGUCAGAGAUUAUCUUUUCAAGGAGUUAGCUCAAAAGACAGGCCAACCUGUGGAACAGGUUCACAAGGACUUAAGUAGGAUUAAGCGGUUCAAUGCUCAAGAAGCUUUGGAUUAUGGACUGAUUGACCGAAUUGUUAGGCCUCCACGUAUAAAAGCGGAUGCACCAAGGCAAGAAGCUGGUACAGGUCUCGGUUAGUCUAGUUAGUUGUUAUUGAAAUGAAAAACUCUAUUAUAGUCCUUUUUUCUUUUUCCUUGUAUUUUAUUUAUGUUUUAUGAUUACGAGUGGAUAUAAAGCAAACUGAUUGUUUCAUACUACAUCUUAGAAUAUGCUGUGAUGUGAUACCAUAAGGCCUGUUUUGUUACACAU